UCUUUCACAAGUUUGACUGCGAACAUGGCGGUCGGUAAAAAUAAAGGCCUCUCGAAAGGCGGUAAAAAGGGUGUUAAGAAGAAGAUUGUUGAUCCCUUCACACGUAAGGAUUGGUACGAUGUCAAAGCACCAUCCAUGUUCAACAAGAGGCAAGUGGGCACAACCCUUGUCAACCGUACUCAGGGAACAAAAAUUGCAUCCGAAGGCCUGAAGGGACGUGUAUUUGAAGUCUCCCUCGCUGACUUGCAAGCUGAUACUGAUGCGGAAAGGUCUUUCCGUAAGUUCCGUCUCAUUGCCGAGGAUGUCCAGGGACGCAAUGUGCUCUGCAACUUCCACGGCAUGGACCUAACCACUGACAAGCUCAGAUGGAUGGUCAAGAAAUGGCAGACGCUGAUCGAAGCCAACAUCGACGUUAAGACCACAGACGGCUAUCUCCUCAGAGUGUUCUGCAUUGGCUUCACCAACAAGGACUCGUUGAGCCAACGCAAGACGUGCUAUGCGCAGCACACUCAGGUGCGUGCGAUCAGAAAGAAGAUGUGCGACAUCAUCACCCGUGACGUUGCCAACUCUGAACUCAGGGAAGUGGUCAACAAACUGAUCCCCGACUCGAUCGCAAAGGACAUUGAGAAGGUGUGCCACAGCAUCUACCCGCUGAGGGACGUGUGCAUCAGGAAGGUGAAAGUAUUGAAGAGGCCGCGUUUCGAAAUUGCUAAGCUUAUGGAAUUGCACGGAGAAGGUGGCGGCGGUAAACACGGCGAGGCCGGUGACAAGUCGGAGCGUCCUGAGGGCUACGAACCACCCGUACAAGAAAGUGUAUAAGAAUAUACGUUUAUAGUGA